AUGACUAGUGUAAUACAACCAAAUGGGAAAAUAACUUGGUAUUUUGAUGACAUUCCUAAGGAAAUUGAAGGAACAAAGUGGGAAGCGACAAUCAACGCUUCAUUCAAAUGCGGAAAAAGUUUAUUACAUCAUGAAAUACCUGUUCCUGCAAAAUGGAUCAAAAGUGGCACGUUGGUGGAGUAUGAAGUCAUCGGAAAAAAUUGUUGGAACUUCAAUACAAGUGAAGCAUGCCAAGGAGCGACCACACCGAAUAUGAGAUGUAUUUGGUGUCCAAAAGUGAACAAAUGUAUAGAAAGUAAUGAUGAUGACACUCAUGGACUGAAAGUAAAUGACUGCCGUGUUGAGAAUCCGAUCACCGAAGCAACGUAG